GUCAAGACGUCGGUUUACAAAAGUGUUGGCACUUGGCAAACCUGGGAGGGCAAACUAAUGAUUAUAACGCAGUGUCAAUUGGUUUUCUGCAAAAAUGAAUCCUAUUCUAGAGCCUCUGACAUUCCCCGACAAACAAGUCCAAGAAGAGUCGAAUGUUUCAACUCUAUGUGAAUGUCUGUUUUGCUCAGAAAUGUUUGAUUUGAAGUCAUCAAAUGAUCAAAUCCUUGCUCACUUCUUACUCACUCACAAAUUGGUUGUUGCCGACGUCAAGGAAAUUGUUGAUCUUAAAAGAUAUGUGGAUUACUGGAGACCAAAGUUUAGGGAAUGUGAUCCUAAAGCCUAUUGCUUUGUCAUGGAAGCAGAAAAUGAAAAAGGUGAAAAGGAGGAAUAUUUCAUGUUGGCACAUGAACUCCCAGAAGAUCAAAAUCUGCGAGAGAAACUGCAAAAAGAGAAAUUGAACCUUGUUUUAAAACAACAACAGAAAGAAAGAAAAGAUGAAGAGUUCUCACAUUCUUGUCUCUUCUGUCGUAAAAUUUUCACAGGAAACCGUAAAGUCCUGUUUGAUCACAUGAACUUUGAUCAUAACUUUAGUGUUGGGCUUCCAGACAACAUUGUAUUUGUUGAAGAAUUCUUAAAUUUGCUAGAUGAAAAGUUAGCCCAGAACAUCUGCCUAUACUGCGAGAAAACAUUCAAGGAUAGGACUGUGUUGAAGGAGCACAUGAGAAAGAAAAUCCACAAGAAAAUCAACCCACACAAUAAGGAAUAUGAUAAAUUUUACUUGGUGAACUACCUUGAGCCUGGAAAAUCAUGGAAGGAAAUAAUGGAUGAAUUUGAUGAAUACUGCCAAAAUGAAGAUUGGUCUGACUGGUUUGAGCCAGAGACUGAAGCAAUUUGCUUAUUCUGUGAUUUUCAAUCAAGUGCACCAGAUGUUUUAUCCCAACAUAUUGCAUCCCACAGUAACUUUGAUUUUCUGGGCCUGAAAAAGAGCUUUAGUAUCUAUCAGCAAAUUAAGAUUGUCAACUACGUCAGGAGACAAGUACAUGAAAAGAAAUGCAUACUUUGCGAUGAGCAGUUUGAAUCCCGUGAUAAACUGAGAGAGCACAUGCAAAACUUCAGUCACUUUAAACUUCCCGAUCGGGCAGUUUGGGAUCAGUCACAGUACUACUUUCCAACCUAUGAAAAUGAUGCUCUUCUUUGUUUGCUAGAAGAUACCAUUCCUGAUGAUUCUACUGAAACUGACCAAGUAACAGUGAUCCCUGAAGACACCAUCAUAAACCUUAAAGUGGUUGAAGAAGAAUUGCUAAAACUAGAGCUAAUUGUAAAAAAAUGAAUGAUUCUACAAAGCUGUAAAAAAGAUUGUAUUUCAAAUGAUCAUGAUGGAAUAAUGCAAACUUUAAUGGUGGAUUUGA